AAUCUUAGUGCCUUCUACUCUUUUCAACGUUUAUACAUCAAAUAAAAAAAAAAAAAAAAAAGAACGAGAAGCAAAAGAAAAGGCUAAAAAAGUUGUAGUGUGUAUGCAUGUGUGAGAAGAGAAGGAGGGUAAUUGAAGACUUGUGAACAUGUACAGCAUGGAUUCAUCUUCAGGCUCUCACUCUCAGCAACCACAGCUUCCUCCAGGGUUUCGGUUCCACCCCACAGAUGAAGAACUACUCGUUCAUUACCUCAAGAGAAAAACAGAUUCUGCUCCUCUUCCUGUUGCAAUCAUCGCAGAGGUUGAUCUCUACAAGUUCGAUCCCUGGGAGCUCCCAAGUAAAGCAACGUUUGGUGAGCAAGAGUGGUACUUUUUCAGCCCAAGGGAUAGGAAAUACCCAAAUGGGGCAAGGCCAAACAGGGCAGCAACUUCUGGGUAUUGGAAAGCAACUGGAACUGACAAGCCUAUAUUGGCAUCUGAUGGACACCACAAAGUUGGAGUCAAGAAAGCCCUUGUCUUUUAUGGUGGGAAGCCUCCCAAAGGUGUUAAAACCGAUUGGAUCAUGCACGAGUAUAGGCUUCUUGACAAGUCCUUCAAUUCUAUCUCAAAGCCUCCUGAUCCUCCAAAUACUACCAAUAAGAAGAACAACUCUCUCAGGCUUGACGAUUGGGUUUUGUGCCGAAUAUACAAGAAAAGCAACAAUACUAGCCUGCCAAGGCUACCUUUGAUGGAACAGGAUAAGGAGCUUUCUACAGAGAGUAUGCUACCAACGAUGUCAACUUUGUCAAUGGCUAAUACGUAUCAGAAUUCCCAACCCGCAUCUUCGAGAAGCGCGAGUUAUGGACCGCUGGGACUCGAAAAUGACGACAACUUCUUCGAUGGAAUCUUAGCAUCUGAUCAGAGCAUGCAAAAUGGUUCUGAUUCUCACCAACUCUCUUCGAACUCUAAGGGAAACGCUAACUUCCCUAUGAUACGAGCACUGCCUUCACAGUUUUGGAAUGACAGUACUGGAUCUUCUUCAUCUGCCAGGAGAUUCCAUUGUGACCUUAAUAGUGGAAGCGCUACCGCUGAGGAAAACAAUUCCUUUGUUUCUCUGCUUAGCCAGCUUCCGCAGAACACGAGUUUACAACCAAAUGGGCAUCUUGGCCCUGUUGCUGAUGGUGUAUUGAGGCAACAGUUUCAACUUCCAAACAUAAAUUGGAACGCUUAGUGUGGUUUGGCUUUGGUUAGAUACCGUCUGUGAUAAUGUAGCUGCCAUUUUAGGUCUAUUAAGUUUAAUAAUUAGGUCUUAUUAUUUUGCUCUUCAUGCUGUAACCAUAAAGUAACCAACCACGAGAGAGAUCAUAACAAUACGCCUGUAUUAAUUUGUGACUUUGGUAUUUG